AGGACAUAUAGUCAGUAAAUAACGCAUCGGGACAUACUGUGUUACAGAGGAUAUGUUUCCAGUCAGCUAAUUUUACCCUACAGGCAAUGAUGUGCUUCGGAGGAGCCCUGAGCUACCUUUUCAUUAGCUAUUGCAUCACUGACACACACUGAACAGGCUAGAAGACAUAUGUAAGUGAGACUAAAGUUUAUCGACAUUAAACCGGUUUGACGUGGAGUUACGUUAGUUAGCUCUCUAAGCUAAGACCGUUGUCACAUUUCAUUGAAUGGGAAGCCUGACAGCAGCUGCUAUGUUGGGCAGGACGGUCCUGAGCAGAGGCGUCACUGCCCAGCUUAGUAAGAACGUCACUUUCUAUGUGAACGAAUUAGCACCUCCAGUCUCAGGAUGUCAGACCAAAGUUCUGGAAGACCAUAAACCCCUCAUGCUGAUGCUGCCGUGGCUGGGUGCGCGUCCUCAAGCCCUGGUGAAAUAUUGUGAGAUCUACUUUCGCACCGGCUUUGAUGUGCUUGUAAUAGAGAGUGAGGUGCAAGAGUUCCUGUGGCCUCGUUGGGGUCUGGAUCAUGGAAAGAGGUUGCUCGACCUGCUCCAUAGUGAGCCCUUUGUGUCCCGCCCACUGUUUGUCCAUGCCUUCUCUAUCGGUGGCUACACAUUUGCUAAUCUGCUGAUACAUGUGUCCCAGGACACACAGAGAUAUCAGGCGCUCACACAGAGGAUCAGAGGCCAAGUCUAUGAUAGCCUGGUGGUGGGCUCUGUGGAGCAGAUGUCCACAGGUCUAGCUAAGACUGUAUUGCCACGUUGGGAGACCCUGAUAAAACAUGUGAGCCUGUUCUACUUUAACAUCUUCAAACGGCAGACAGUGGACUACUUUAACAAAGGCAUUGACGUGUUUUGGAACAGUCCCAUCACUGCUCCCGCGCUCUUCUUUUUUUGCGAGAAUGAUUUGUUGAGCAACCCACGAGUGAUGGAGGAAGUGAUUGAUCAUUGGCUGAAACGCGGGGUGGAAGUCACAACAAAGAAAUGGGAGGAUUCAACACAUGCAGGUCACAUAAAGAGGCACCCAGAGGAGUACCUGAGCACCCUAAACAUGUUCCUCCACUCUCUCCAUUUUGCCCCGCUGAAGGCUAAAAUGUAAGACCAAAAAACAGUCCUAUUAACUUGACUUUGCUUGUUUUCUGUUUUUCUGUAAAAUGUUUGUUAGACUAUAAUGUGUUACUACAGCACUGAGGAUUAACUAAGAAAAAGAAACUUUAGGAAGACUGGUAGAGGACGAUGGGAUCCCUCUUCCAGCACGGACAGGCGUGCAAUAGAUGUCGUAAAUAACAAAUGAAAUACUGCACGGCAAAAAGA